AUGGUCAAACAAACGGUAAGUUUGUCAGGCUUCUUCCUCUUCCAGAGAUGGUAUCUAGAGGCAUUCAGGGUGAUCCAGCAUUUGACAUGCCGUCAUAGGCUGUUCCAUGAUACAGCCUCUAACAAAACCAGGCUGUCCCGAACCCCUGGUAACAGAAUUGUUUACCUUUAUACCAAGAAGGUUGAGAAAGCACCAAAAUUCGCAUGUGGGUGCCCAGACUGACUUCGAGGAGUUCGUGCCAUGAGACCUAGAGUUCUUAUGAGGUUGUCUAAAACAAAACAACAUGUCAGCCAGGCCUGUGGUGGUUCCAUGUGUGCUAAAUGUGUCCGUGACAGGAUCAAGCGCGCUUUCCUCAUUGAGGAGCGGAAAAUCGUUGUGAAAGUGUUGAAAGCACAAGUAUGGAGUCAGAAAGCUAAAUUUAAAAAAUGAAGCUUUGGGACUUCCCUGGUGGCUCAGUGGUUAAGAAUCCACCUGCCAAUGCAGGGGACACGGGUUCGAUCCCUGGUCCGGAAGAUCCCAGAUGCCGCGGAGCAACUAAGCCCGUGCGCCACAACUACUGAGCCCGCGUGCCUACAGCUUCAUGCUCCACAACAAGAGAAGCCACCGCAAUGAGAAGCCUGUGCACCGCAACGAAGAGUAGUCCCCUCUGGCCGCAACUAGAGAAAGCCUGUGCGCAGCAACGAAGACCCAAAGCAGCCAAAAAUGAAUUAAAAUUACAAAAAAAGAAGCUUUUUUGAGUAUUAAAAAAUUUUUUUUAAGUUUGUCAGGAAAAUACUUUAAGAUUGACAUGAUUCACAUCUUUAAUUACAUCACUCAGAGGUGACUAUAGAGGGUUCGACACCACCUGUCUGAGGACGGGUUCCUGAGCAACAGAGCCUGAGAUGAAAUUCUUGAGCAUGUGAUUUACCAAGGGAGUGAUUGAAGGAGAAGGGAAGGGCACUGUCAUGUAGAACAGGACCCGGGAAGCAACUAAGCAAAGAUGAGGGUUCAGCUGAACUUGACACACUGUCUGCUCCCAUGGGGUGAUGUGGGGUGUGAGUUGUGCCAUGGGGUUUGGUCCAUCUUGUGGCCAGGGAGCUGGGUUUUUACACCUCCCCUCCGUUGUUCAGUCGUUAUCAAGGGCCUGGGGGGGAUGUGCCUAGGACCACUCAGGCAUCUCUGGACAAGCUGUCCUCCAGGGAGGAUGAGCCACUCCACCCAGUCUGGAGGAGGGGAGUGGGGCCUGCCCGACAGCAUUUGUCUAGAAACAGCUUCUAAAAUCUUGGCUGAAACUCCAAAUUUCCCAGACUUCCUCUCUACCCUGCUCUAGUAUUCCUACUCUGUACAAAACCCGGUAAGAUUUUCAUGAAACAUCAUGGAAACCAUGUUUCUCAAGCACGGACAGUAACAUUUGGAUAUAGUAUUUCACAUGUUCCUUCCCCUUUAAGAGAUAAACAAAAACAAGUGACUAUUUUUGAAGACUUGAAUUUUACAUUUUAAUUUAAAAAUAUAUG